AUGCAGCGCUUCGAGGAGGAGAACGGCAAGCUAAUACGCUACCACGUGUUUGACUGCGCUACCCAAGAGAGAGGCUUCCCGCGCGACAAGCUCUUCCUGACCUACACUCGCUAUGUGAUGCUCAACGGCACCGUCAAGGACGAGAUCGACGGCAAGAUGUGCGGGCCGGAGGGGCUCGUGGAAGCUGCUCUACUGCUUGACGUCGUGUUUGACGCCGUGGACCUGUGCUUCAAGUCCGAGGAGGACAGGGAGGUAUCCGAGGGCGUCGUGAAGAAGGCGGAGAGGCUGUCCAACGCGGAGCUGUGCCUCGCGGCGCAGCGCUACGACCGUAGGCUCUUUGACCUGUGCUGCAUGCUGCCCCAGACGUGGCUGACCAACCGCGAGAACGUCUGGCAGCUCGCCGGCUUCUUCUACCGCCGCCCGCACGUUGGCCGCGAGGUCAUGCGAUACACGUUCGUGUGCAUCCUCGCGCAUGUGCGUGGCUCCUACUUCGACACAGCGGCCGCCCUCGCAGCCUUUAACGACUGGAAGAACCCCAAGAUCGUCGGCGGCGCCAACCCAGCCGGGUACCGCAAAUGGGCAGAGCGCUGCGAGCGCAACGGCGGCUGCAUGGACGACAUCGGCGACGUCAAGGACCUCGACAGCCCGAAGAAGCUGAAGGCCGCCAUGCUCGAGGCGCUGCUGGACGAGCUCGAGAAACUGCCGAUGAAGCUCAUCCGCGAGGACAACGAGUACACCGUCGACUCGCUGGCCGAGGCAAGGAAGUGGGAGUCGCUCAAGACGCUGGCCUACCCUAUCAAGUCGAGCUACGCGCACGCGAGCAACCGCGGCACGCCGUACGGUGCGUACCACCUGAAGAAGUUCGUGGAGGUCGUGCGGUACGGUGCCCGUGACUCGGUGCGCGUCAUCGGUUACGAGCGCGCCAGCACGCGCAGCAAGAAGGCGGCGGGGGGGGGCGACACUAUCUACAGCGUGCCGUUCAGGCUGCUGCAGCGAGACCUGAGCGACUUCGACUGCCGCCAGAUCCCGACGACCAAGUACAAGCGCGAGCUCAAGGUCAGGCUGUCGAACCACGCCGUCCGCUACCUGCUGCACCGUCGCGAGCAGUGGCUGGAGGUGGGCUUCACGGAGGAGAGGAAUGAGGGAUCGAGGGAGACGUACGAGCUCUACAAGGAUACGGUGGUCAAGGGUGAACAGGUGUUUGGCACGAUGCUGAACAAGCUAGGCUUCACGCUCAACAAGGGCGCCAAGGUCUCCGGCAAGACGAUCAAGCGCCGCACGUUCUCUGUGGACCUGAUCGAACUGAACCUGGAGCCGUACAUCAUCGCUGACGAGACGUGGACCAUGGCGGAGCGCGGAGAAUCGACAAGGCGUGGAUGCUGGCGCCUCACGGGUGCUAAUGUGCUGGUGGAGAGGACGAUCGUUGUAAUGGGUGCGGAGGCUUGCUUGGCGAUGUGUGGAGGGAUGGCGCUGUGA